AUGCCUUUGCAAAAAGGCGACAAGUUCCCACCCAACGUCAAAUUCGACUGGGUACCAAUAACUGAUCCCGAUCCCACCGCUUGCGGUUUACCUCAAAGCUACGACGCCUCCUCAAACUUCGCCGGCAAAAAAGUCGUACUUGUCUCUGUCCCCGGCGCUUUUACUCCAGGCUGUCAGGCGUUCCAUCUCCCGCCUUUUCUCCAAAAGAUCGAUCAAUUACAAGCCAAAGGAAUCGAUUUGGUGGUAGUAAUUUCAUCGAAUGAUGCAUUUGUAAUGAGUGCUUGGGGAAAGGUUAAUGGAGCAACGAAGGAUAGUAAAGUUUUAUUUAUGAGCGAUACGAAAACAUUUUUCAGUAAGAAUUUUGGUUGGAGUGCUGGGGAGAGGAAUGGUCGAUGGGUUAUGGUCAUCGAGAAAGAUGGGACGAUUAGUGUUGCUGAUGCGGAGAGUAAGCCUGGAAAGGUUACUGUCUCGGGUGCAGAUGCUGUGUUGAGCAAGCUGUGA